AUGUUUGUAACGGGAGGACAAAAGAUAAAGCUGGUUUGCGCCGCGCUCGCGGCUCUGAGCAUCCGAAACUCCUCCUCGAUGCGCGACCUCUUGUCCGCAGCGUUGCAGAAGCUGCCUCAGUGGCUCGGUGUGCAGCUGCUCCUAGCAGUGGCCGAGGAGGGCGAGGCCCUGCAGGCUCGCGCCGGCUCUGAGGUAGAGCGCUGCGCUGCCGUACACCAUGAACUCCGCGAGGAGGUGGGGCCCCACGUGCUCACCUGGCUGGCUGGCGUUACGGCCGCCGCCGCCGCCGCCGGCGAAACACAUUGCCACCCUGACAGCAAUAACAACAACAACAGUAGCAACAACAACAACAACAACAACAGUAGCAGCAACAACCGCCACAACCAGCUGCAGCGGCCCGCGAUUCAAUUGCUCCUGGUCCGCUGCUUCGGUGCCUGGUGUCGGCUAGGUUGCCUGUACGGCACCCGCUGCCCAGCUGGCGCGGUACGGGAGUUGCUGGGGCUGCUGCUCCGAUGUGCACAACCCGGUUACGCCGUCACGGCCUCGUACGGCACCGUAGGGACCGGUGGCGGCGGCGGUGUCGGUGGCGGGGACGGCCGUGCAGCACCGGCGGCCCUGCGCAGUGAGGCCUGCGAGGCGCUGGGCGACGUCGUAGAACACGGACCCGACGGCUUGCUGCGGGAGCUGCACGGACCCAUGGUUCAGUUGGCGGCGGCGGCGGCGGCGGCGGCGGGACAACGCGACGCCGACGCCGGGUACGCCGAUAUCGUGCAGCUGGUGUCGUCGUAUGCCGCCGCGCGAAUGGGUGAGCUGGUUGCUGCGAUGUGUAGUGAUGAUGAUGGCGGCGGCGGCAGGAGCAGCGGCGGCGGCGCGGAUACGACAGCAGCGGCGACGACGGCGGCGGCGCCGCUGGUGCUAGGGUUAUGUCAGCUGGCCGCGCUGCCGAUUUUUACUAUGGAAGGAGGUUACCCAGUCGGUUGGCCAGCCAUGCAGACGUUGACGGACCUGGCGCUGGGUUGCAUGGCGGCGGCGCCGCCGCCGCAGCCGCCGGGAACCCCAGCGGGCCCUAUCACUGUCGCCACGGCUGCUCUCGACGGCGAUUCGUCAGUCCCACCUUCCGAAGAGGAGCAUGUCGUACCCGACAUCACCCUCGGGCCGCGGCCCGGCCUGCCGCCGCACCUGAUAGUUCUGUACGACAAUUUACUGCAUGGCGUACUGUCGUGCUGUGUGUCGUGGAGCCUGUUGGACGCUGCGGCUGCGGCGGACGGCUCGUCCGGAGAUGCGCGUACGUCAUCUUCGGCAGCGUCGGUGGUGCUGGGAAGGAAAGCGGAGGCGUACGGCGCCACCUCCGCCGCCGUCGGCUUGCUCACCCUGCCGCCAGAGUGCGAGGAGGCUCUGCGCGGCUGUUUGCAGGCUUGCGGUGGCGUCGUGGGACAGGUACGGCAGAUCCAGAUUGCCGUAGAGCUGCUGCAGUACACCGCCGCGACGUCGUCGGCACCUUCGGUGGCUAUGGCAGCCGGCGAGCGGGUGACAGUCGGCCCAGGUUUGGGGUCGGCGCCAUCGUCAUGUUCUCAGUUGCCGGCUCGUACGGCGGUGGUGUCGGCGGCGCUGACGGCGGCGCUUGCCAGUGUUGCGGCCUGCGGCACUCUCCCGCCGCCAGCAGCGGCGACUGCUGGGACGGCACCGCACGGCGACGGCGCCGCCGCCGCGACGGCGGCGUCAGCGGCAGGCUGGAUACUGCUGACGGCAGCCGAUUACCUGCAUCACGAACAUACUGCCGUACACCUCCCACCCGCGGAGACAUACUCGGCGACAUUUCCAGCAGUGGCGGCGGCGGCCGCCAGGCCGCCGCCGUCAGCGCCGCUAACGGGCCUUGCCGUACCACUGACACUGUACUAUUGCGAGGCGCUUGCAGCCAGUUGCCAGGCCGUAUUGCUGCAGCUACAGCUACAGCUACAGCAUCAAGCGGAAGAAAUGCUACAGCCGAUGGGUCAAUGGCCACCACAGCCGUUUGUGCCGCCCAUCGCCCCCCCCACGGGUCGGAGGGGGGCCCUGGGUGGCGCCUGUGUGCUGUGCCGGCUGAUGGAACCGGCUCUUGCAGGUACUCAGCUGGAGGCGACCGCUGCUGUAGCGGCUCGCGCACUCCACGCCGGGGUAUCGGCGGCGCGGCGAGCAGGCAUAGCCCUGCCCAUGCAGCUGGCGGUGGCGCUCAUUGAUUCGGUGCACUGCCUGCCGUACGACAUUGGGCCGGGUUUCCAUGCGGCGGAGCGGGAGCUCUUCCGAGCGGCAGUGGCGACGGCGGCGGCGGCGGCAGCCGGCGGCGGCGGCGGUGGGGGGGAGCGCAAGGAGCGGCAUGGCUUAUUCCAUCGGCUGCUAUCUCCGGCGGUGUCGUACAUCAAUCAGGCAGCUGCCUCAGCGGCGCCUGGCGCCUCCCUCCCGCCCCGCCCCGCUGCUUCCGCGUCCUGCGGCGGACCGCAUGCCUUGGCGUCGCCGCCACCGCCGCCGCCGCCGCCGCCGCCGCCGCCGUCACGCAUGGCUACUGGAACGGCGGCCUCUGCCCUCGGAUCCGAUGGUACAGCUGUCGUUCGCGCCGUCAUCGCCUCCACCACAGACCAUGCCUUGGUGCGCCAGCUCAGGCUGCUGGAGGCGGCGUUGACGGCGGAGAUGGCGAACGCAGACGUCGUCAGUGCUGCGCCCUGUCAGGAGACGGCGGCGGCGGGGCGCAGCCAGCAGCCGGCGGCCGGCGCUGUCGCCGCCCUGUUCGUGCAACAGGCGUGGCCGGCUCUGCAGGUGUUGCUGCAACGCGGCGCGGCCGGGCAGUUCCUGUUACCACUGUGCAGGUGCCUGGCAGCCGUGUUUCGCAGCGCCGCCAGCGGUGAGCUUGUGACGGCGGCGGCGGCGGCGGCAGGUGACGUUUGGCCCAAAGUCGAUGAAUGCCGCGGCGGCGGCGGCGGUGCCGGCACCUGCACUGAUGAGGGCGUGGACUAUUUCGGCGUGGGUUGGGGGCUGGCGUUACGCGGCGCGUCGCCGCCGAUGCUGGCAUCAUCGCCAGCACAGCCCAACGGACCUGACCCGUGGGUCAGCUCGGCCCUGGAGGCGCUGGCGGCCUGCGUGGGCCGCCCCGGUGCCAAACACGUGUACGAGCCGCUGGCGGCCCUCCUGGAGGUUUGUACGGGUGCCGCGUCGGAGCAAAACCCUGGGGAAUCCCCGCGCAACCCCCUGGAGGAGGAGGAGCAGGACGAACGGGAGGAGCGGCAGCGGUGCUGGCGGCAGCGGCACUACGGGCAUGUGGCUCGUACUGUGUACAGCAUAUUGUGCGGCAGUGUGGCUUCGGAGCUGGCGGGCUCUUGGCCCGCUGCUGACCGCGAUCCCGACUCGGCGGAGUGUUUGCUACGCCUUGCCACGGCAGCCGUACGGUACGGCAUUCUGGAACCGGCGGCGGCGGCAGGGACUUGUGGCCGCAGCGGCGUCGACGCCGCUGGACCUGAUGACAUGGACACUGCCGUCAUAGGCGCCGCCGCUGCGGCGGUCGCUGCGCAGGGUUGUACGACAGGCGACGACGCAGCCGCGGCGACGGCGGCGGCUGCAGCGGCGGCAGCGGCGCUGCGGCUGGCGGCCGCCAGCAGCGGCUGCGACCAUCGCCAAGUAUCUGCUGCUGCACUCUCUUGCACAUGUGCCGUACUGGAGGCCGCGCGUGGUCGCACGGCGGCGGCGGCACCACGCAGUAACGCUCACACCGACGGCGGCGGUGGCGGCGGUUGUCAAGGCGCAGCGCGGCUUGAGCUGUCGUCAAUGGUGAUGCAGCAGGGGCCUGUGGUAGUCGCCGGGCUGCUGGCGGCGCUUCUGUCUUCGUCGCCGCUGCCGAGGCUUCAGCGCGUGGCAACGGGGCUGGUCCGGCUGAGUGACGUGGCAGCGCACUGUUACCUCCGGGAGCAGCCGCUCCAGCACCAGCAACAGCAACAGCACCAAACCCAGCAGCAGCAGCAGUACUUGGCGGCGGGUGUAGGGGUGUGCGGUCAGGUGUUGACGUCGUGGCUGAUGGCGGCGACCCGACUCCUGCCGCAGCUGCUGGCAGAGCGAGACGUUGCGGCGCUGAUAUCCGCCGGGGUGCCGCCGCUGCUGGCGGAGCUGAGUAUGUGGAACGAGGCCGCGAUGGUGGGCGUAUCGGAACCAGCAGCAGGAACAGCAACAACAGCAAAGACAAGGACAAGGACAACAACGGGGGCUGAAGGAGGGGCGGAGUGGAGUGCAGGGGCCAGUGAUAGUGUCGGAGGAAGUGGAGCAGCAGCUGCCGCUGCGGCGGAGGCUACCCGCGGUCUGAGCCGCAAGCUGCGGCGGCUGCUCCGGGAGUUUGCGGAGAGCAGGCUACGUCCGCAGGCGUCCGCAAGAGAGCCCCAGGAAGGAGGCAAGAGCGUUUUUCCUUCGUCGUGCGAAUUAUGA